AAGGUUCACUGCCACUCAUAAACAUCUGCCCCAGUAGGCAAGCGAGAGGCCACUUCAGCUCCUUCACUGGUUCACACACAUGAAUCUGACAGCAGAGAGCCACCGUGUCCCUCUCAAUGACGGGAACCAUAUCCCACUGCUGGGAUUGGGCACCUAUGGAGACCCCCGAACGACACCCAAAGGCACAGCACUUGAUUGUGUCAAGCUGGCCAUAGAUGAGGGUUACAGGCACUUCGACGGGGCGUUGGUGUAUUUCAAUGAGCACGAAGUGGGUCAAGCCAUCAGAGAGAAGAUCGCUGAUGGAACCGUCCGAAGGGAGGACAUCUUUUACUGCGGAAAGCUCUGGAACACCUUCCAUUCGCCACAGAUGGUGCGGCCGGCCUUAGAAAGGACACUGAAGGGCCUAAAGCUGGACUACGUGGAUCUCUACGUUGUCGAGCUUCCCAUGGCCUUCAAGCCUGGAGAUGAGUUCUAUCCAAAAGACCAGGACGGAAACUACAUCUACCACCACACAGACCUCUGUGCAACGUGGGAGGCUUUAGAGGCUUGCAAAGACGCCGGGCUGGUUAAGUCUCUGGGAGUCUCCAACUUCAAUCGGCGCCAGCUGGAGCUGCUGCUGAACAAGCCGGGCCUGAAACACAAGCCCGUGUCCAACCAGGUCGAGUGCCACCCGUAUUUCACGCAACCCAAGCUCCUGGAGUUCUGUCGCCAGCAUGACAUCGUGAUCGUCGGCUACUGCCCAAUCGGCUCCUCCAGAGACAAAUCUUGGGUGAAUGUGAAAUCUCCUCCCCUGCUGGAAGACCAGCUGCUCGUGUCCAUUGGGGAAAAGUACGGCAAGAGCCCUGCUCAGGUGGCUCUGCGCUUCAACGUUCAGAGAGGAGUCGUCGUGAUCCCCAAGAGCUUCAGCCCCGAGAGGAUCAGACACAACUUCCAGAUUUUUGACUUUUCGCUCACCGGGGAAGAAAUGAGAGCCAUCGAGGCGCUGAACAGAAACACUCGCUUUGUGGAGCUGCUGAUGUGGAGUGACCACCCAGAGUACCCGUUUCACGAUGACUUUUAACGUUCUGACUGAUUUCACCAAUUUCCUGUUGCCCUGGUACAUUUUCACAGUCGACACUAGAGGGCUCUGGGUCACAACGGAAGAAAAGCACAAAGACCGGGUUCAUGGACACGGCUCCGAUGGAUGAUGACAAAGGGGGUUGCGAGUGAGGAUAAUGUGAGACAGGAGGAGGACCACGUGAUCUUCAACCACAGUUCAUUGUUCAUCAUAACUGUUCUUAAAAAUGAAUUGACGCCACUGCCUGCAAUAAAUGAGGGUCGGCUUGAAAA